AUGUACAUGCCCAAGGUCUUCGUCUUGAUCGGGUUUUUUGUUUGUGCUUCUUCCUGCUUGAUGGCAGGAAUUAUUUUACAAAGGAGUGAACGGCUGGUUACCGUCAAUCAACAAAAACCUCAAGACGCCAUUUACAAUGCGGCCUCUACGCCGUACCCAAAUUAUCUGAGCCCCGCCAACCCAAUGGAGCAAAGGUACCCCAAUGGAAGCUCCAAGGCAACCACUUCAUACGCCCCCAAGGUCGAUCAAGGCCGAAUCUCACCCGAAGGACUAGAGACAUCGACGUAUUUCUAUCCCCCGCCUCCACCAGUCGGUCUUCCAGCUUUGCGCGCCAUGCCGUACCCGUUGCCUUCAACCGACACUCAGCGUCAUUGUCCUGCUCGUACUCACCCAGACGAUUUGACGGUCACGUUACCGUCUGAACUUUACCUGGAACGUUUUACUAAAUGCGGACAAAAGAUCGUUGUGGAGUUUGAAAACGUUGGAGGACAAGCAUGGAGUGGCCCAAAGAACAACAUCACACUUACACUCAUCAAUGCUUUCGAUAGCCAACGCCGAACUGAAAUUGGCCGUACGUUGAUGUUGAGUGAAAAGGCUUGGAAGGAGGUUACUGGAAAUGCUGUGAUCAACAAGUUUGAAUCAUGGCCGGUGAAAUACUUCUUUGUUGUUUCUGAAAGGGAUGAUAAAGGGCAGGUAAAUGAAAAUGGGGAAUCGGAAUCAGAUGGGAAUUCCACAACGGUGUAUGGCUCGAACAACAGUAGCAGCUCGGAUGAUCCCCGAACGAGCAACAGCUAA